AUGGCCGACGCAGCAGAAUUGACUUUAUUUGAUCCCCAAGUCGAGAUUAGCCAGUCUCUUUGCAACUUGACUCGCUCAGAUAGUGGUCUGGAUCUUGAUCUAGCAUCGCUAUGGGAUGAGUUUUCUGAUGCUCCGGCAAUUCCUCCUAGCCCUACCACCCGCGAAAUCCUCUCAACAGAGCCCUCCAUGUUAAUCCAUUCGAAUCAUCACUCUGAAAUCGAGUAUAUCUUCUAUUCAAUACCUGAAAGCAAUCACGGCUUUUAUUGGCUCGGGCCAGAUCCAUUAGCCCCUCAAACCUACGGCGAUGACAUCUUCCUGUACAUUUCUGCUUUCCCUUUCUUGGGCGAACUGGUUUGGGUGGAAUUCCAACUAUGUAGGGUCAGUCUGGUAACAGGGGAUGUGGUGGACCGGAAUAUUUUCUAUCUUCCUCGACAAGAGUCGAUUCUCGGAAAUCUAUCACAGAUACGUCGACAAAUACGAGAACAUAUCUCCAGUUACGAUCAUGAGACUGCCACCGGUCUUUGCAGACUACGAUUGUAUAUGUACCCACGAUAUGGGCUAUUGCCAAUCUACAGAAGUAGGGGCAUAGUGUCCUCUGCUGGGAUGUCUGAUGGAGCUGCACUGGAUCCAACUUUCUUUGUUCAAAAUAUGUCAGCAAAUUUUGAAAAGGAUUGUCAAUGCAUUAGAAAUACUGGCUAA